AUGAGAACAGGAAAAGUUUCCAGAAAGAUUUUGUCCGAAAGAAAUCUGGAGUUGGGAUCUAUAAUCUCGAGUAGGGUUUAUGGGCCAGGUUGCUUUGGAUCAGCGGAGCCAUUGUUUGUUUCUAGAAAUGAAAAUGAUGCGAUGUCUGAAGAGGAUGAUGGAUUUCUGCUAAACUUUGUGCGUGACGAGAAAUCUGGUGAAUCAAAUUUUAUAGUUAAGGAUGCCAAGUCUCCAAAUCUUGACAUUUUAGCAAAAGUUAAACUUGCUAGACGUGUUCCAUGUGGUUAUCAUGGCCUAAUUCUCCUAACGGGUGAGGAGUCGGCCUGCCAUCAGCGAAUAGAGAAGGGGGACAAAAAAAGAGAGUUAAAGAUGUUUAACGGAAUGAUGGAUCCCGAGUUAAUGAAAAUCGCACAGGAACAGAUGAGUCGCAUGACACCUGCUGAUUUCGCUAGGAUCCAGCAACAGGUAAUGUCCAAUCCUGAUCUGGUUAAAAUGGCAUCGGAUGGCAUGAGAAACAUGAGGCCUGAGGACUUGAAACAGGCAGCAGAACAGUUAAAGCAUACGCGUCCUGAAGAGAUGGCGGAAAUUGGCGAGAAAAUGAUCAAUGCAUCGCCAGAAGAGAUUGCUGCUAUGCGUGCCCGUGCUGAUGCACAGGCCACAUAUGAAAUAAAUGCAGCUCAGAUGUUGAAGAAACAGGGUAAUGAGCUGCAUAGCCAAGGAAAGUUCAAGGAUGCUUUGCAGAAAUAUUUGCUUGCGAAGCAAAAUCUUAAAGGAAUUCCAUCUUCCAAAGGCAAAACACUUUUGUUGGCAUGCUCUCUUAAUUUAAUGUCUUGUUACUUGAAAACGAAGCAAUACGAUGAAUGCAUAAAAGAGGGCUCAGAGGUUUUGGGAUAUGAUGCCAAGAAUGUUAAAGCUCUUUAUAGAAGGGGUCAAGCCUACAGAGAACUAGGCCAACUGGAAGAUGCUGUCUCUGAUUUGAGGAAAGCACAUGAAGUCUCCCCGGAUGACGAAACUAUUGCAGACGUUUUAAGUGAUGCGAAGGAAAGAUUGGCUCAAGGUGGCUACCAUGCACCAAGGGGAGUGAUAAUUGAAGAAAUAACCGAAGAAGCUGAGACUUUCUCCUCUGAAAACCUUAAGAGUUCAUCAACAUGGGAAAGCAUUGAUACAUCUAACAGUGGAAGGGAAGCUCGUAGUGGGAGUUCAGCAACUAAUUCAGAGCCUCUAGAGGCUUUGAAAGAUGACCCAGAAGCUAUGAGGUCAUUCCAAAAUUUCAUAUCUAAUGCUGAUCCUGAAACUUUGGCUGCUUUAAGUGGUGCAAAAUCUGGAGAGGUGUCUCCUGAUAUGUUUAAGACUGCAUCAAAUAUGAUUGGCAAGAUGUCACCUGAAGAGCUUCAAAGAAUGCUUCAAAUGGCUUCCUCAUUCCAGGGGGCAAAUCCUCUUACUGCAGGUGGAUCUUCAGAUAGAGGUUUCAAUGGCUUCAGACCUGGUGAGGUUCCUCCAAAUGUGACUCCAGACAUGCUUAAAACAGCAAGUGAUAUGAUGAGUAAGAUGCCAUCAGAAGAGCUUCAGAAAAUGUUUGAAAUGGCAUCUUCUUUGAGAGGAAAUGGCUCGGGUCCAGCUGCUGCUGCAGCUUUAAACACUGAAAGACCAAGUUCGAGUGCUAGGUCAAAACCAUCAGAAACUCGAGAAAAUUUUGCAGUCAAUGGGAAUAGUGGCAUCAGUGAAACUAGUUCCUCUGGUGAUUUCUUUUCAAGUUCAAGAAAUGUUCCUCCAUCAAGCUUUCCUGCCUCUACUUCUGAUAUGCAAGAACAGAUAAGAAACCAAAUGAAUGAUCCAGCUAUGCGACAGAUGUUCACGUCAAUGAUGAAGAAUAUGAGCCCAGAGAUGAUGGCUAACCUGAGUGAACAAUUUGGACUAAAACUUUCUCAAGAAGAUGCAGCGAAAGCUCAACAGGCCAUGUCAUCUUUAUCCCCAGAGGAUUUGGAUAAAAUGAUGCGAUGGGCUGAUAGGAUCCAAAGAGGAGCGGAAGGUGCAAAGAAGGCAAAGAACUGGUUACUGGGGAGACCUGGUAUGAUCCUUGCUAUUUGCAUGUUGAUCUUAGCUGUUCUCCUCCACCGGCUAGGCUUCAUCGGAAGGUAG